AUGGAUUCUGCAUCUCUGUUACCAACAGUUUUAGAUAUGGAUCUGACAAUAUCAAAUAUAGAAUGUCUUCCUAAGGAUAUUUUGGUGAAAUUUCAAGGCAGAAAUAAUACUGAAUGUGAAUUUGAUUACCACAUAUUGCAGAGGGAAAUACAACAUAUUCCAAAAAUAAAAAGCAAUGUGGACCCUGAUGAAUUUUGUUUGGUAGAAGAAAAAAUAUCUGGAGAAUGGCAGCGAGGAAGAGUUGUGGAAAAGAAAAAUGAACUCUAUACAGUGCUCCUCAUAGACCGUGGCGAAGAACUAAGAGUUGCUAGUACUCAGAUUGCUUCAGCUUGUAGCAGCUUGUUUGAGCUACCUCCACGGGUAGUGUUUGGUAUUUUUGCCAACAUAUUACCAAUUGGGGAAAAAUGGUCUCCUAAGGCUUUAAAUUAUUUCAAAUCGUUAGUAGGAUUACAAGUGAAAGGUUAUGUGCAAGCUACUUUGUCUCUGCAAAUGAUUCUUCUUGAAGUGCCAAAAAUUAUAUCCCAGGUUCUUGAAUUACAAUUAGGAAGACUUAUUGAUGGGGAUUCAUUUCAUCUCAUUGUGGAAAUGUUAAAAGAAUUCCCUCGACAAAUACCAGAUUUAUUACAACAGAAGAGACCCGAAUUGCCAUUAAGUAAUAACGAUACUGAACUUGAUAUUCAGCAUGUCCUGGAUAAUUUGCAGCCAUCUUUGUUAGUAGGCAGUAUUGAAAGUAUAAAGAUAUCGUCGGCAUUAAGCCCAGGUAAAUUCUACUGUCAGUUAAUUAGGUGGAUUCCAGAGCUGGAAGACUUGACAAUGUGUAUGAAUUUGCAUUAUGACAUUAUCAGCCAAGAAAGCAGUCCCACACAUGAUAAUUUUGGACUACUCUGUGUUGCCAAAAGAAGAAAUGGACAGUGGCAUAGAGGAAUUCUUCAGCAGCUCUUGCCCAAUGAUCAUGUAAAAAUUUGGUUUGUGGAUUAUGGCAUUAGUGAAGCUAUACCCUCAAGUGAUGUAAAGAAACUUAAACAGGAUUUUAUUUUAGUACCAUUAUUUUCAUUUCCAUGUUCUUUGACAUAUUUAAAGAGUCCAGAUAGAGAUGCAAGAAUGUAUCAGUUGAAUAUAUUUAAACAAGCUUUGUUAGGACAAACUGUAUAUGCACGCAUUGAUUGGUUCAAUAAAGAUGAGCAUUUAUAUUAUGUGACAUUACAAACUCAAGAUUCUGCAACUAAUUCCAAGUGUCUCCUGAAGACUAUAGACACACAAGUAUUUUGUCCUGUGCCUGAUUUGAAAAUCUCUGAUAUGUUGAGAGAGACAAGCACCUCUGAUGUAAACAGCUUUGCAGUUCAGAGCUUUAUUGGGAGUAUUGAACGCUCGAUAGGUUCUCUAAAUGAAAAAAACAUUUUGAAAGUAAAUCUUCCUAUUAAAACUGUAAAAAUGGAGAUAGAGGCUGCCUACAUAGCUUUUGUAGCAUAUGUUUUAAACCCCUCAAAUUUCUGGGUACGCACGAACGAUCAUCAGAAUGAAUUUCAAGACAUAAUGAGAAAUAUAAACAAAUUCUAUGAUUUGUGUAAAAACGAUGAACUGAUUCUAAGAAAUCCAGAACCUGGCUUAUUUUGUUGUGCUCGAUAUAGCAAGGACAGACGUUUCUACAGAGCUGUUAUCACUGAAAUUAAUGGUUAUAAGAUUAACGUUUAUUUUUUGGAUUAUGGACAUACUGAUUCCAUACCGUGUUUUGAUGUAAAAAUUUUGCUUCCAGAGUUUUGCGAGUUGCCUGCCCUAGCUAUGUGCUGUUCACUUGCACAUGUAUUUCCUGUUGAAGAUAUAUGGGUGAAGACAGCAAUUGAUUAUUUUAAAAAAAUUGUUUUGAACAAAGCCAUUUUGCUUCAAGUUAUAGCAAAAAAAGAUAACAAGUAUACUGUAAAUAUUCAGAGUAUUGAAGCCUCAGAGAAUAUUGAUGCUGUCUCUCUCAUGUUACAAGCUGGAUAUGCAGAAUAUUGGGAAGUAGAACCAGAAUGUUUUCUAAAAUCUGGAGAUGAAUAUUCAGUGUUAAAUUUCAAGUCUGAAAACAAAGAUAACAUUAAGGAAGCCAUAUCUGCCUUUCGUGAAAGACCUGAACCAAAAAAUAAACCAGAAGAAAAUAACUUGUCUUUGUCAAAGUCCCCAGCUGUUAAUGUCUUAGAUGUAAAAAAGUCUUGCUCCUUGUCUGGGAGACUUGAGUCACCACAACCUUAUAAAGAAUAUGUGUUUAAACCAGGAGCAGUCCUUGAAGUUAAGUGUUCUUAUUACUCUGGCCCAGGUGACUUUUCAUGCCAGCUCCAAUGUAAGCUAGAAGAUCUAGAAUUAUUAAUGGAACAAAUUCAGAAUUAUUAUAGCAUUCAUUCUGAUCCUUAUCAGAUUGGGCAGAUUGCUUGUGUUGCCAAGUAUUCCAAAGAUGGGAGGUGGUAUAGAGCUGCUGUUUUGACUCAAGUAUCAAAAACAGAAGUAAAUGUAAUAUUUGUGGACUAUGGUUACCAAGAAAGAGUUUUAAUUAAGGAUCUUUGUGCUAUUAACCCACAUUUUCUUUUGUUAGAGAGUCAAACCUUCAGAUGUAGUCUUAACCAUUUAGUUGAACCUACUAGUUGUGAAUUACUCAGUUGGACAAGAGGGGCAUGCAGAGACUUUGGGAAUUUUAUUUCCUCAUCUAGAGGGCUAUUGACUUGUAUCAUCUAUGCCUUAGUUCUUAUACACCCAAACUGUCUAUGUAAUUUAGUGGAUUUACAAUCCCCAUUUACUAGUGCAAAAGAAUUUCUUAUUAAUUGUGGCUCUGCACAGUAUAGCACAUUAUCAAAGCCUCUCCAAUCUUCAGUUAGUCUUUACAGUUACUAUUAUUCUUCCUUUAAUAUAAAAAUUGGAAGUGAAGAAGUAGUAUACAUAUCUCACAUAUAUAGCCCCCAAAAGUUUUAUUGUCAGCUCGGUAGAAAUAAUAAAGAUCUAGAGAUGAUAGAAACAAAAAUAACAGAGAUUAGUAGUCUUGAAAAUUGUCCAAAAUAUGAUUCUAGUAAAAUGAGAUUAUGCAUAUGUAGGUAUGUAGAGGAUGGUCUUUCAUAUAGAGCUUUAGCAGUGCCAACAGAUUCAUCAUCUGCCUUUAAAGUUUAUUUUGUGGACUUCGGAAAUAAGCAAUUAGUAGAAGGAAAUAUGUUGAGGGCCAUUUCUGAUCGGUUUCCAGAGUUGCUGUUCACACCCAUGCAAGCUAUUAAGUGUUUUUUGUCAGAUCUUAGAUAUAUAGAUAUUCCAGCAGAAGUAAGUAGCUGGUUUGAAGACAAUUUCUUGGGGAAACCAUUAAAGGCAGUAAUAUUGUCCAGGGAGUCAGAUGGCCAGCUUGGUAUAGAAUUGUAUGAUGGAUGUCAACAUAUAAAUCAGAAAAUUAAAAUGUUGCUUCAUGCUUACAGAAAAAAAUGUGCCCCAGCAGACUGUGUGGUGGAAAAGGGUCAUAAAACAACUGAGGAUAAGAGAUUUGCUGCUUAUUUGAAAGGCAAAAUAGAAUAUAACUAUCAUCAUAAUACGAUAAACAAAACUGAUGUAGUUAAAUAUUCUGAAAGCAAAAUAGAUCAGUUAAGGAGUUACAAAAGUAUAUUUGCUGGGCUUUUAAAACCAUCAGUUUGUUAUAAAAUUGAACCUGUGUCAAAAAAAAAAGUGAAGAAACCUUUGAAUGAGGGACUGAAAAAUAAAGGGGUAAAAUUUGUCCCUGAAUCUGCACAUACUCUUGAUGAAAGUGAUGUGGGCCAGACAUCAGUAAGGGUUGUAUCACAGUCUUUUAUCAGAGAAUUAAAUCAAGUUGCCUCACAAAACACAUGUAAGUUUACUAGGCCACAUAUCAAAGACCUUCCUCAACCCAAAAUUUAUUUGAAUACCAGAGUUAAAGGGUAUAUUUCUAAUAUUGAUAAUCCAGCAAGUUUUCAUAUUCAGCUUACAGAGAAUGAAAAUGUAAUCAUCAGACUUGCAAAUGCACUGAAUGAGGGAAGAGUAAAUCUAGGGAAAGAGAGAAAAUCAGUUAAGCCUCUGGUGGGAGAUCUUGUAGUUGCAGAAUAUUCCAUUGACCAUGCCAUUUACAGAGCAGUUAUUAAGAAAGCUUUGCCAGGAAAUUCUUUUGAAGUGGAAUUUAUUGACUAUGGUAACACUGCAGUGGUAAACACAUCUAAAAUCUAUGCACUUAAGACGGAAUUCUUAACUAUUCCUCAACUGGGAAUCCAUUCUUUUCUUAGUGGAGUAAAAUGGAAUGAGCCUGAUGAAAUAUGGGACAGCAGAACUGUGCAUUAUUUUGCUUCAAGAGUAAGUAACAGAACAAUAUGUUGUGAAUUUUUGAAAAAGCAUGGACAGAAAUGGGAAGUAAAUGUAAUUUGUGAUGACAGAUGUGUUACUGAUGAACUACUGAAGUGGACAUCAUGUUCAAAACUACGGAAGAGAGUAUCGCAGAUGCCUCAAGUUGUUUCUCAGAGUGUGAGCCCUGGCGAUAAUAAUGAAAUGAAAAAAGGAAAAUCAAAUGACUAUCAAAGUUCUGUAAUCCAUAGACCAUCUGACCAACAGCUGGCUAAAAUUCCUUUUGAAGAAUUAAAACCUGGACAACUUGAAAAGGCUAAAAUACUUUAUGUUUCAAAAAGUGGAAUAUUUUAUGUGAGGUUAUCAAAAAAUAAAAAAAUAUUAUCAGAUUUAACAGUCUUCAUUAGUAAAGAAGUUAAAAAAACCUCUUUUUUAUCAAUGGAAAAUAUUGAAAAAGGCUUAGAAUGCUUGACAAAAUCUAAAAAAACUUUGGUGUGGUGUCGAUCAAAAGUAGAAAAAAAGUGUGUUGAUGAGAAAGUGCUUGUUUUUUUAGUAGAUUAUGGUAGGUAUGAAAUAGUUUCUUUAUGCAAUAUCAGGAUACUUAGUAGUGAAAUCAGAAAUACUCCAAGACAAGCUGUGCUUUGUAAGUGGAUUUGGUUUGAAAACUCUAGGACCAUGUCAUUUGAAUCCGUGGUGUGUUUAUUUGCUCACUUGGAAAUAAACAUACUUUUCCUGAAAUAUUUAGACUCUAUCUGGGAAGUAGAAAUUCUGGUAGAUGGCUUGUUACUUUUGGAAUAUUUAAAUUUAAAUACAGUUCAGGUUGAAGAAAACAGAUCUUCAGAAAUUAUUUCCAACUUGGAGUCUAAGACUCCUGUGUCAUCAUGUGCAAUGAGAUCAUUUACUUGGGCACAACUCCAAAAUGGCAGGCAGUAUUCUGGUAUUGCUACUGCUGUUUCUGAUCCAUCAGACUUCUGUGUUCAGCUAGAAGAUUUCUUUGACACAAUGAAAUCACUCUUUAUGUUACUUUCUGAUUUACAAGAAAAUUUACAAACAUUGCCUCAAGAGUUUAUAAUCCCUGGUUCUAGUUGUUUGUUCAAAUAUGAAUUGGAAGAUCAAUGGAAUAGAGUAGAAAUUUCUAAAGUCUCUGAUCAGUCUUUACUUCUUGUAUUGAUUGACUAUGGAUUCUCUGUUUCUGUACCUUAUUCAGACAUAAAAAAUCUUAAAGUUGUUCCUGAGGAACUUUUGGAUUUGCCAAGACUAAGUUACCCUUGUGCCUUAUAUGGCAUCUUACCGUUGAAAGGGGAACAUUGGAGUGAAGAAGCCAAAAGUUUUUUUCAACAUUUCCUCAGUAAACCCGGCUUACUUUUUCAGUUUCGGGAACACAGUUUUGAAACAAAACUGAAGGUAAAUGUUAUUCAUGACAAAUGCAAUGUGGCUGACAUGUUAGUUGCAUAUGGCCUUGCAAGGUAUUCUAAAGAUUCAGCUCAUCUUGAUGCAUUUACUACCACUGGAGCUGCUAGAAUUCAAUGUCAAUUACAGAGUAAGCCCUUUUGCCCAGUUUUAGAUCAACGUUGUUGCAAAAAGGAAAAUGUAAAUUCUAUAUGCACUGAGAAACAAAAGCUAAAACAGAAACCUGCACAGAGGAAAGGUGUCUAUAAAAGCCUCUUAAGGAAAAGUCAUAUUGGUAAAAGAUUACCUUCAAGAAAUUUAACACCAAGUAAGAAAGUUGAUAGUGGAAAACCUAAUAUCCAGAGUAUCAUUUCAUUUGACAUGUGUGCAGCAGCUUCAUUUUGGGCAAUAACUAAUGGUUUAAAGAAUAACACCAAUUACAUUGAAAAUAUUUUUGAAAAACUACUAACUGAAAGAAUACAGGAAACCAGUGACACAGUGGACUUGAGAACAGCACUAAAAGCAUUGCAUGUUAAUGAAAAAAACAUAUCUGAAGAAUACUCGAAUGGUAAGUAGCCAGUUUUUAAAUUCAGAAUGUUAACUAUUCUAUGUGACAAGUAAUUCUGAGUCUUUACAAGUUUGCUUUCACGUACUGAAAUUUUCCAGAUUGAAUAUAUCUUACUGCAAGAAAACUUACUAGAAAACCUGAAUAAAUGGGUAAAUGGGGAGUGAUACAUUGGAUUAGAAAGUGAUGUUUCACCAUCUUUACCAUUUUUGAGUGGUGAUCUUUAAGAAUGUAAUGAAAGUAGAGGAUUUUAACCACACACGCAUGCAUGUAUGCGUCAUACUUUAUAUAUAAUUUCGAGGGUUUCACACAACUCCUAAAAGUAUGUAGUUCUCAGAUUAAUAAAUCUUGCUGUUAUUAAUGAGCUUCCUGGACCCAUUUUGAAGUAUCAGUUUCUCAUUAUGUAUCAUGUUUCGUAUGAAAUGAAAUGCAUCUUUA